AGUUUCGUGGUUUUGCUCUCUCUGGCUCGUGCUCGCUUGUACGGCGAUCGCUUUCGUCAAGAAUUUAUGGGCGUGAAUGUGUAGCGUCACGGUCUAUCAAUGACGGACGCCGAGAAGCAACAAGACGUGCAGGGAGAUCGCGGAAAAACUGAUCACUGCAUUGUGAUCGAGAAUGCCCUCUCGACUGGCGAGAAACCGGACGACGUCGUCGGACCGGAAACGCGACAGGACGUCAACAACGACGACGAGGCUGGUGACGUGUUCCGACACAGUGCGGGUGACCAAUCACCUUCGAAGGCGCGAAAGAGUAGUGUGAAUGGGACGGUGAAUGUCCCGCGCAAAUUGUCAGCUGUCUCGCAAGCCAGCUUGACGCCAGACGCGCAGUCCAAGUAUCGACGGUCGGUAACGUUUGCUGGCGAUAUGAGCAGCACGAGUAGGACCUCUCGGUCGUCGUCUUCGCGUUCAAGUUUGAAGGGGGCGGGGCCAUCUGAUAUAUAUCCGGGGUUUCAAAGGGUGCGCGCGCUAAGCAUGGUAAAUAAUGAAAAUAUGGAGCACUUUUCUGGGUUUCCAGACGCAAAAAAGUCUGUUGAAGGCAACAGGACGGAUGUAGUUUUUGAUGUCCUUAUUUCAAGUGGCUUUCAAGUGCUUUACAUUGCCAGUGUGAUUUUAUGUCUUUUGGUGGCUUCUCAUUACCAUGACGACCGUUAUGGAUGGUGUGUAGUCAUACUACUUGUUACAGUCGUGUCUUCAAUUAUAACUCAAUUCGCAUCAUAUUGGUUGGGAAUGAGAAAAGGGCAUUCAAACGACGAUACAAUAACAAUUCUGCAUUUACUGCAGCUCGGAGUUAUCAGCCGAUACAGUCGGCUCUUGUGGAAAGGAUUGAAAAGAGAUCGUACGUCAGUAAUAAGCGAGUCUGAAGUGUUAGCGGCCGUCGGUUUAUUUCACAUCUUUCUCGCUGUUGGUCCACUACUCGUCAUUCAGAUUUACUUGCUGGCGGAGUACGAGGAGCCAACGGCCCUACUUGUUAUUACUGUGUGUGUCCUUGCAAUCACGUUUGCCUACCUUUUGAGUUUCUACUGGCUAGAACUGCAAGCCAAAUGGACUCUCAAAUUCAGUCGUCAUGUUGUUGGUUUUCUGUGGCGGUUCUUUGUCAUUUCUGCUCGUAUGGUUGCCAUAGCGAUGUUCAUGGUACAACACGGUGUUUGGAUUAUUCUUGUGCUGGUCAUCCAGAUGAUAGCAUUUACCAUUUUUAAUGUGGUCUUCACUAGUAGGCGAUAUGGUACAUUGACGUUUCUUGACUUCCUUCAUAUUCUUGUGGUGGGUUAUGUUCAUCUUUUCUGCUUCUUCAAUUACCUGGAGGGACAAACGCGGUAUCGUUACGUGCUCUACUAUGGUUGCAUAUUCAUGGAGAACACGAUGCUCAUUCUUCUCUGGUUUGCACCAAACGUCAACAAGUGGUACAGUGUACUCGUUCUGGUCAUCGUGUUGGUUGGUUUCAUUCUUGGAAUGAUCGCGAUGGUCAUCUACUAUCACUGUCUUCAUCACUCCAAGUGGGAGAGUCGCUCAAUAUCGACAUCUUUUCGAUUGAGACAACACGUGCAUCAAAAACAGAAGGAACUGCAGCUGCAGAACAAACAGAAGAAUGAACAGAAAGAAGAAACAAAUCAACGGAGAGAGACUGUUCUGUAGUUAGGAAUUAUAUGCUUCCUGGUGGAGCUGUACAGUAGAAGGGGUUAGGGUAUGAUGUAGAAUUAUCAUAUUAUGUACAUAAAUAUAAAUAUAUAUAUGUAUGCUAAUUAAU